GCUUGGUGCGCAGCGUGCAAGGAAUUAUCAAUUCUCCAUGCUUUUAGAGCUACUGGGCUCUCACCAUUCAAUCCAGAAGUUAUACUCCAAGAAUUCAAAACUACAGCUGCUAAUAGCGAUAGAGGCGCAUUAGUAGCAUCAGCUUCUGAUUGGAGAACGAUUCGGCAGCUACUUAAUCAAUCUACGAGUAAUAGGUCAAUUUCAGCGCUUAAUAGAAUCAUGAUGAAACUAUCCGCCGAUACAACGUUUCUUCAACGGGAAAAUGAGCAGCUCCGGGCAGCUCUCAUGGAUGAGAAACAGUGGAAGGAGCGUAUCCAGCCUGGUACGCUCGAGCUGUCCGAUGGUUAUCAUGGUGGAGCUACUUUCUGGUCUCCACGGAAAAAACAGCGCGAUCACGAGGAGUCACAACGCCAAAAAGCUAUCACAAUCGAAGCUAGAAAGGAGAGAAAGCUACUCAAAGCUCAAGAACUAGAUGAGCGGCGGCGGGCGCGGGCACAGGCAAAACUAGAUCGUGAGAGGCAGAAAGCUGAAGCAGCUGCCCACCGGAUAGCCCGCCAAGCCGCCCACAAACGACUUCAAAAAGCUAUCAAAAUCUCUCGAAUAGGCAAGAAGCCUAGCUCUAAGCGCCAUGCCAGGCUGGUAUUGAAAAAUAUUAUUGUUAGUAGUAGUAGUGGUGGUGCGCAGCCAGCCGAUCGAUCAGCUGCACCACCAUCACCACGCUCGUGUUCAGGCCGCCCCAUCAAGCUGCCAAUCAAAUAUCAGUAGAUAGAUUAGGUAAACGAUACUACUAGAUUACUACAGUAAAAUUUCUCGCGAUAAUAGGUUUUAUGUAGAGCUCUACAGCUUCAAGUUUGUGAUAGUACUGUUGGGGAAAAAUCCGGCGUUGGCCCGUCCG